UCCGAAAUUCAAUAGUGAUGGCAAUUGUGGGGUAAGGGCGGGUAACUUAUAUUAAGAUUCAUCAUACUUGCCUCGUAAGCGCGGGUCAAGUCGGGUAAGAGUUGUACGUAGAGAUUGCAAUUUGAACCCUGUUGGGUAUUACUUGACCUGAUCCGUGAUAGGGGCGGGACAUGAGUAUCUACUCCCGUCUCGCCUCGUUUUUUACUCAUUAUAUCUCAAUUUCUUAUCAUGUAUAUUCAUGUGCCUCCUAUUUUGACUUUUUUUCAACUAGUUAGAAUUAGGGGUGGCAAUACGGUCCGGUCCGGUUAAAUUGGCCCGAAUUGAUCCGGUCCAGUCCGAUCUUUUUGGAAAUAUGGGGACCAAAACUUGGAUUGGGUACAGUCCGAUUUUGACCCGGUCCGGUUUUGACCCAGUCCGGUCCCAAUCCGGUUUUGACCAUGUUGCAAAAAAUUCAGCAGCAUAUACCCAUUUUCCUGGAAUGUAAACAACCUAUUUGUAGCAAAAAUCAAGCCAAAUAUGGUCCAAUACAAAAUCACAACCAUCAUUGAUGUCUAUUACAAACUCAAAGUCCAAUUCAAACUUCAAAAUAAAAAUAAAGUGCAUCACAAGUUCACAAACAAAGUUUAGACAUCAAACACCAAAUUCACUCCAACCUAACAAAUUCACCAAACCAUUUCUACUCAUCAAACACCAAAUUCACCAAACCAUUUCUACUCAUCACCAAACCAUAUUUCUGACUUUUGCAGCUGUUGCCGGCUGUGCUGGUAGAUGAACGGAGGGCGACGAGAUGCAGGGACAGCAGGGUCGUCUUUUGGAGCGGAGGCUUUCUGUUCUGGGUCGUCUUUUGGAACGGAGGGCGACGAGAUGGCGGAGAUGCUAGCUGGCUGUGGCUGGUCGCUCGGCGUCGUGGAGCUGAUCGGAGGUGGUCGCGACGGCCGACGGGACGGAGUUGAGGGCGGAGGCUUCCUGGGUCGCGACGGGACGGAGUGUUGCAGCUGGGUCGCGACGUCACAUCGCAGAGAGGGAGCGACCCGCGACCAGCAACGAGAGAAGGUCCAAGACUCCGUCGACGGCCCGAUGGUCCGAGAGUUUCCGAUGGGCGAUGGGAAUGGAUGACUGUCUGUCUGUCUUUCACUUUACUCUCGAGGGAGAGGGAGGCGGCAGCACUCAGCAGGCGUCCGAAUGAAAUUGAAGAGAGACCCCAGCAACCCUAAAGCUCGCUUGGGCCGGGGUGAGUGGGCCGAGAGGCCAUGGGUUGGCCUGUCCUUGGGCUGGGCUUAUUUUGAGCCUAUAAAUCUGUUUUGUAAUUAUCCGGUCUUCCGGUUUUUACACGGUUUUGACCCGGACUGGAUUGGUCCAGAUUUUUUGCUAAUUCUAAGACCAAAGACGGGAUUGAAUUGUUUUAAAUCCGGUCCGGGUUUUACGAUCCGGUUUCCGGUUUUCAAUCCGGUCGCGGUCCAAAUUGCCAGCCCUAGUUAGAAUUGAUCUUUUAACCAGUUGGACUCAAUUACCCAUUCUAUAUAUUCUCACUAUUUUGAUUUAUUGAGUGUUUCCUUUCAUUUUAACGUUCAAAAAAUUGAAUAUAUUUUUUUUCAAAUAACAUGUAAAAUUGGGUCGAUGUCACUUAUCCCUCCUCAGGAUAUAUUCUUACUGAAAGAACCCGGCCAGACAGGACAAACCCUUGUAGUUCAGUGUUCACAUCAUAUCAACUAUGUAUAUGCAUCAUUGGCUGAACCGCCUUCUUUAUAUUCAUCUGCAUGCCCCGUUCCUCGGUAGACUGAUUCUCUCAAGUACUCUCCUUCGAACAAAACAACGCGAGCGAA